AGUCUGUCUUUCCAGCUUUGAUUAUGCCUUUUGAGAUGUUAGAUAAGUAAACGUCCUUGUGUCCCAACUUGGUCAUCUUGGGGUCAAUAUUUAUUGACCAACCUCUAGGGGCUGAACGUUUUCCCAUCGUCCCUUUCCACUCAGGGAGUAACAAGGAGUCGGAGCUUGAUAAAUCCCAUCAAGAACUCACUUGAUUUUGUUGACAUAGAGUCCAGAGCGAAUGACCGGGGGGGGUGAUACAUGGCGUUAGGUUUAUAGACGUUUGUGGGGAAGAUUGAAAGGCUCUGGCGCUUUGUGGUCCUGCAAGUUGUAUAAACAUUUACCCUUUCUAAAGGUUCAAUAGAAACCUGAAUAAUAGGAAAAUUAUAAGUGGGGUGUUUGGAAUUAAUCAUUAAUUUGCAGGGUUUUGUCGCACUUUAGAGCAAGGUUUACAGGGAACUGGUCUGUGGACGUGUGGCCAAUAGAUCCUUGGGCAACAAGACAGCUUGGACGGUUAAAAUUGGUAAUUGGUCUCUGACCAGAUCGUUUCGGACAAGCCAGGAAAAAAAAGAAAGAGGACAAAAUGAAUCCAAUUGUGGAAGCUUUAGCGUGCUUUUUGGGCUUUUUGGGAUGGAUUAUGGCUGGCGUGGCCCUUCCAAAUCGAUACUGGAGAGAGUCUACCGUGGACGGUAGCGUUAUUACCACCUCGACCGUCUAUGAAAAUCUGUGGAUGUCCUGCGCAACGGACGCCACAGGGGUUCACAACUGCCGAGAUUUUCCAUCCUUGCUGGCGCUAAAUGGGUACAUUCAGGCCUCCCGAGCACUGAUGAUCGCCUCCAUCUUGUUUGGGGCGUUUGGCCUUGUGGCGACCCUCGUGGGGAUGCAGUGCACCAAAGUAUGCGGAGAAAACUAUGUUCUGAAAGGCCGGAUCGCGGCGAUCGGAGGGGUGUUCUUUUUACUUCAAGGGCUUUGCACCAUGAUUGCUGUGUCUUGGUAUGCAGCCAACAUCACCCAGCAGUUCUUCGACCAGCUUUACGCUGGGACAAAGUAUGAGAUUGGACAGGCCCUCUACAUCGGCUGGUCAUCUGCUGUACUUGCAAUCUGUGGAGGCUCCUGCCUGCUGUGCGCUUGCAAGCUAAAUUCUCCAAGUGAAAAGACGUCCUACCCAUACCAGCCAGGUUCCAGGAGACACAUGCUGUCUACUGUGGCAACGUCUCAGGCGGCACCGAGCAACUACGGCAGGAACGCUUAUGUCUGAGGCAACGUCAGCAGAGCCUUUCAUCAUGAUGAAGGUUUAAAUUUACUUAGCGUACUAAGAAAUGACGGCGUGAAUAAUUUGACAGCAUUUGAUUUUAUGGAUUUGCUGUGAAUUUGAUCAGAUGUUAACUCCAUCGAUGCAAAGUAAGAUUUGUGAUGUAUAAACUGUUACUGCAGGUUACCUUUCCUUUUCUGUACUCAAAGGGUUUGCAAUGACUCCCAAUCGGAUUGUGUAAAGAUUCAGAAAUCCAUAAAUGUUUUUAUACAACCACAGAGGAUGAGAUUAUUUGAACUAAAAAUAUGGGAUCAUUUUAAUUAUAAUGUAAUAUGUUUGCACUGAAGAUUUGAAUGUGCUUUAUUGUAUAAAACACAUUUAUUGUACCUGUUUUGUCAAACCUGCCGCAUAUUUAGUUGUACAAGCAAAAAAAACUUGAUUCUUUCAUUAAGUCUGGUAGUUAUGAUCAUUUCAGCAAUAUAUUUACUAAUGAUAGAGUCCAGGUGACAACUAUAGUUGUAACCAAAUAACAGGAAAUACCCUGAUCUCCAGAUUCAUGAUAUGUAAACUUUUUCAACUUUUUUACAUUUUACAUGUUACAACAAAAUCAUAAUUUUUUCUGGUGAACCGCCACAAAGUAGGGCAUAGUUGUUAACUGGAGAGAAAAGGAUGCAUGUCUUUCAAAAUUACUUACAAAUAAAAAUCUGACAAGUG